GAGAGGGGCCGCGCGGACGCAGGCCCCAACUAGCACAAAUUAUGACGUACACUCUCCCACUUGGGGAGAUGUUAGGCUCGCGCACUCUCUAAGUGCAAUGAGAACCGCCAACCUAGGCCAUGGGCUUUCUUGAUCGCCCAUCGACCCCGUCCAGUCGAUCAUCAACACGUAAAACAAAGACUGUAUCGAGAUUUUCAAAAGAAUUCAUCUGUCUUGAAGAAGCUGUGUGUUUUGAACUAGGUUGGAUCCAUGAAAGGAUUCUUGGGACCUUUGAGCCGGCUUGGAAGUAUUAGGAGCUACUCAGGGACGUUUAAGAGAUCACAAUUGCGGCUUGAAGGGGUUAAGGAUGUUAUUGCUGUUGCUUCUGGUAAAGGUGGCGUUGGCAAAUCCACCACUGCUGUUAACUUGGCUGUUGCACUUGCUAUUAAGUGCCAACUGAAGGUGGGCCUGCUUGACGCUGAUGUUUAUGGACCAUCUGUUCCUAUGAUGAUGAAGAUUGACAGGAAGCCAGAUAUCACUGAAGAUAAGAAGAUGAUUCCAAUAGAGAACUAUGGAGUUAAGUGUAUGUCAAUGGGAUUUCUUGUAGAGAAGGAUGCCCCUAUCGUAUGGAGAGGUCCCAUGGUGAUGAGUGCUCUUGUGAAAAUGACUAGGGGAGUUGAUUGGGGAAAUCUUGAUAUUCUUGUGGUGGAUAUGCCCCCUGGUACUGGCGACGCACAACUUACUAUGACCCAAAAUCUGCAACUAUCUGGUGCAUUGAUUGUUUCAACUCCACAAGAUAUUGCUUUGUUGGAUGCUCGUCGAGGAGCUAAUAUGUUCUCUAAAGUUGGCGUUCCUAUUUUGGGAUUUGUAGAGAACAUGAGUUUCUUCAAAUGCCCGCAUUGUGGUGAACCUUCAUUCAUUUUUGGGAAAGAAGGAGCUAGAAAUACAGCUGCUUCAAUGGGUCACAACUUUAUUGGUGAGAUACCAUUAGAACUGGACGUCAGAAAAGGUUCUGAUGAAGGCAUCCCUGUAGUGAUUUCAGCACCUGAUUCUGCGAUCUCCAAAGCAUAUGGUGGUACAGCACAAAAUGUUGUCAACAAACUUGAGGAAUUGGCAAAGGAACCAUCUCUCCAUCCAGAGAUUAAUCUGUAAAAACUUUGGUAGAAGAACAAUCUCCCCUCCCCCCCAUUUACUAUGAUCUAGUAGCCAUCAAAUACUUUUUCUUGAUUUUGUUACUUACUUGGUGCUUAUAUAGUAUGCUAAUUUUAUUCUGUCUUUACCUUUUCGUUGUAUGAAUAAGUCGAUGUAUUCUAGAAAUAGGGCAUGGGGAAAAGCUCAGAGCAAUUUGCUCCAGAUCUCAGCCAGUGGUUCUCUUCCUCUGCAGAUUGUUUAGCUACACUGACAACAUUUUGAUAAGCGAGUGAAACAAUUGGGGGUAUGCAUCCACCUAUCCUGACAUCAUUCCAGAUGCUGUAGCCAAACUAUUGACAUUAAUUUUAAGUUUUCUUGAAGUUAUAGCA